AGACGAGCUACAGACCAUCCAAGAGGACAGUGCAGCAGCUUCAGAGAAUUCGGAUUUGAUGGCUUCACAAAAACGCUCCUCUUUCCGGCACGGAUCAAAAAUGGCCUCUGCGAGCACUACAGACCAUGCUAGACAUGGAUCUCCAAGGCACAGAGACUCGGGUCUACUUGACUCGCUGGGCAGAUUCUUUGGAGGUGAAAGACACGUUCCCCGGCGGGGCUCGGGCAAGGAUAUACAUGCAGCCAGGGCUAGCCACCACGUAGGGUCCAUCCCCCAGAGAUCUCAGCAUGGCCGGCCUGGGGAUGACAACCCUGUAGUCCACUUCUUCAAGAACAUUGUGUCACCCCGUACACCGCCUCCAAUGCAAGCAAAGGGUGGUGAAGGACACAAGCCAGGAUACGGAAGCGGAAAAUUCUAUGAGCAUAAAUCUGCUCAUAAGGGACAUAAGGGAUCCUAUCAUGAGGGCCAGGGCCCUCUUUCCAGAAUCUUUAAACUGGGAGGCUCUGGGUCCCGACCUGGAUCACGGUCUGGCUCACCAGUUGCUAGGCGCUGAAGCUCUAAGAUGCCAUCCAAGGAUCAUGUACUCUGCUUCAUAGUGUAACUGCCUUAAAACGAGUAACAACUGCAACAAUUACCUAGAUAGAUGAAAUCCAUUACUUAGUGCCAAUUAGGUUAUGCAUGCAGUAGAUGAGACAAACUUCUAUUGGCAAUCCCUGACCAACAGUUGAAUGAAAGGAACACAAAAAGUAGCUUUACUAGAUGUUUUCCUUAUUUUAUGUGAAAUAACAAGACCUCUGACUUUACUCAUUCUUCUUCAGGAUGCCCUAACUGUAUAUGCUGGACUUCAUGGUAUCUCCCAAGCACCUAAUUUAAGCUGAAGUCUUCUGGUUUUGUUUUAGUGAACAUCAGAAUUAUAAAUAAAGAGCUAAUGUCUUGGAUACUGAGCACUGCUGUUAAUGAAUUUCUGAGACACUGCUGCUUACAGAAAAAAUCCACCAUGUGCAGAAGUUGUAAGGACUGUUUAUCCAAUUUUUUUUUUCCUUUUUUUGUUUUGUUUUAAUCUUCCUUCUCUCACUCACAGAAUAAUAUAUUUUCAUAACAGGAUUAGGCAGUCAUGGAAAGGUUUACCAAACAUUUGGGAGUUCAAGGUAUGUGAAGUGUGGGAGGGGGCAGAUGUUGUAGAAUCAAUACGAUGCGAAGCAAUAGUAAUAAGGAGAUUCUUUCCACACCGUGAAUUGCUCAUCGCAUCCAAACCAUUAGAAUUAAGAGUAGAUGAGGGAGAGAAUGAGGAUUUCAAAUUUGAGUUAGACUAAUGUUAAGAAACAAGGGAUAUUCCCAAAGAAGAAACAUCUAAGAUUGCACAAGUGACCAGUGGCUGUCACUGGUGCUUCACACAAACUGCUGCAAUGGCAUUAACUUUGCAGUGCAAUAAACAGGUAAACAAAUAGAUAAACAAGUAAGUCUAAUUUCUGAAAGAGAGCCCUUCAGUACUGGUAUCUCAGAUAGUCUGCACAUCUCACAUUAGAAUUUCAAACCAUUCUCUCAGUAUUGCAGCAGUGUUACAUUUGAUAGGCUCAUCUUUUGCCUGAGGAACAUCUGGAUGCCUCCUAAGGGCAGUGCACCAAAGCAAACUCAUAGUAAACUACUGUGAACAUUUAACUGUUGUACUGUAGUUGCCUUAUAGAAAUAAAUUAUAGCUGAGUUAGAACUAUUAAUUGUUCACAAAUUACUAAAACCAAUGUGUGGCCGUGGUAUUUCCAACCACACUUAGGGAAAUAAAAGGCUCUUCUGAAUUGCACUGUUUUAUUACCAAAACUCACAAUUUCUUCAAACUGUCAUCUAAGUGUCUGAGUAAUUAUUUUAUUUUUUUAGUUUUAGUCUAUGCAUUGUAGACUACAGUUAAUGCUUUCCAGGUUGAAACUGCAUUCCUAAUAAGUGCCCAGUAAAAGUUACCUAUAAAUAUGUAUGUUAAUUGUAUUUCACAUCUAAAUCUACUGUAGGAUUAAAUCAGUGUCCAUUAAUAUGAAGCAAUGCAAGAUGAGAGGAUAGAAAAUACAUAGACUAAAGAAAAACAAACCCACCAAAAUUAUUAAGCAUACACACACGUAUAUUACAUCUUCUAUUGCCUACACUGGUUGCUAUGUGUAUUUUUCUAUUGUAGCUUCAUUCAGAUGUAUACUCUGCAACGUAAUGGUUGAUUUAAUUUGAAUACCUAUUGUUCUUAUAGGAACAUAGCUUUAAAAAAUAUUCAUUAUUGAAAUAAAGUAAUCAACUUGAAA